UCGAUCAUUUCGGUUUAGGAAACAAUCAUUAAAUGGCUUAAGUUCUGAUUGCAUGUUAUAUUUAAUUAAACGGAUUAAAUGGGAAAUUUGAGAUUUUACUUUGUUUUCGUAGUCUAUACCCGGGAAGAAUAAUUUUUCAAAGACAAAAACACUAUCAGCUAACUUGUACAUAAACCGGAAGUUAUCAAACCGGAAGUGAAAUGAACGCGAGGCAGCGGGAGGUGCUUCAGCAGCACCGCGGAUUUCUGUCGCGCAACCUGCCAUGGACGGACGGUCUGGCGCGGCAGCUGGUCAAACAUGGCGUCAUCACGGACACCAUUGUAAAGGACAUACAGAAUGACCCGAAGCGGAAUAGCGGUCACGUGGUUGAGCGUAUGCUGGAUGUUCUUGCUUUACGGGGGGCGGGCGUGUAUGAGCGGUUCUGUGAAGUCCUAUACACGAGCGGUCAUGCUUUCAUAGCGGACUUUCUCAAAGACGAAGAAAAUGCUAGCGCUGACACAAUCGACUGUAGGGACGUUCACAAACGAAUCCCCGUCAUCGAGAAGACGUUCAAAGAACAGGACAGGAAAACCCUGGAGCUGUAUAUCAACGAAAAGGUGAAGGAGGCGAUGCUAAAAGGUAUCUGGAGCAAGGAAGCCGUGGCUAGAGAAAAGGAUAAGGCCAUAGAAGCGAAACAAAGGCAGUUGGAGGACGCAUUUGCCUACGAGGAGAAAGAGAAAGCGUUCAAGUUUCAGAUAGCUGCAUUGGAGAAGCAACUAGCGGAAUCCAGGGGCGUAGUAAUGGACCUAAAGUCACAGAUAGGAGUUAUGGGAUCGAAAUUGAGGGAAACAGAGGACAAAUUCAAAGCAGACUUUUCUGUUCAACUGAAAUACAACUCAGCAAAUGAGAAUGCCUUACAGCGGCUUGAAGAUAAAUUAAAACGUAGUGAUUUAACCUUGAACAGUUUAGAAAACAGUAUGAAGAAAUUGGUAAGUAUACCAAGGCGGAAUUCUGAAAGAGAUCAAAUGGCAUUGGCUGACUUUAAGUUUGCAUUUAUUCAGGAAGACUUUGAGUUGCUAGUUGAGAAAUUUAACUCUUUUAAGGCUUUAGAAAAGCAGAACGAACAAUUGAUACACGAGCGCAAUUAUAUCUUAUCUCACCUUGGUCACCAUUCGAAUGACAAUAAACCUACACUGUUGAAUGCGUACAGAGACUUCGCCGUACGAACGGACGAAGACAUGGUUACACUGAAGCAAAAGCUAGAACAACACCUGAACACCAUUGAAGGACAACAAGAAAAGAUACAGAACUUAAACAAAGAGGUGGAGACCCAGUCAGAGCAGAAGAAGAUGAAACAGGCGGGAACGGUCUGGCAGAAUGCGUUGUUGAACGUAAUGCGAAAACAACUGAAUGACGUGAAACAAGAAAACAGAAAGAAAGAAACGCAGAUUAAGCAUAGCGAAGCUGAAAUAGCCAAACUGAAGGCGAGGGUAGGCGAACUAGAAACAGCAAGGAGACAUGAGAGCCACACACAUCAACACCAUCUCUAUUCUCCUAGCUCACCUAGUCGAAUGGGAGACGCGGAGAGCGACGGCGCCGUGGCAAGAGCUGAUAAAUCAAGGAAGAAUUCUCUUCUACCACCACUCGCUAACAACAACAACAAAGGGAUGUAUCAGGUGCAAACGCUGAAAUCGCCGCAAUCAAAAUCGCCAAAUAGACAGAAGUCGUCGUCGAAGCCGGUGGUGACGCAGCGGGGUAUGUGGGAGCGGAACGUGGCGUUACCUGAAGGGCUGAUAACGUCCCAGCUCCGCCUGGAGAACCGGGGAAUGGAGUACCCGACCACCCACCUGGGCCAGCCACCAAGAAGUCUAGGGGAGGUGAAGAUGAACCCCGGAGCAAAACAUAACAAAUACGCACAUGUUCGAAUAUGAAAGGACGAGUAUCAGGAUAGCUUCAGAAGAUUGCUGUCUGAAAGUACAUGUAUAACGUUAGAGUAUUUGUUUCAUAAUAAUUACACAUACCGACAGGGGACAACUAAGGUGCGGGUAUGUGAUACAAUGUACGUACAACUGGAAUCACAGACUUUCGAUGCAUAUGUGUGGCAUCUAUUUUGAUUCAUAUUCUAUUUAUAUACGGUGGUAAAUUUUCUUACCACCGUAAAAUCACUGUCGUAUCAAGCGGUGAAAAUUUUAUUUGAGUGUGUUAGUUAGAAAAGCAAAGUGACAAUUUAUGAAUGAGAUAUUUGCAUAAUUUUAGUCGUUAAACAAGAAUUUUACAAUAUAUCGAAAUAUAAUACUAAGCAUUUAAGACUUUAGGAAACCAAGAGUUUCAAAUGUUUUAAUUGACCGAUUGAGUGAAUGAUAGAUCGAGUAAUUGAUUAAACAAUACCGAAUUCCUUUCACUAACUUAUUUAGUCAUUCAUAUUCAUUUAUUUUUCAACGUCUUAUUAAAAUAAAUUAUGAAGCGAUCAGCCAAUUAAUCAAUCCAUAAAUCAAUAAAUCUAAAAAAGAUAUCAAUCAUUUAAUCACACCCGUCCUUCCGUCCGUCCAUCCAUCCUUUCAUACGCCCAUCCAUUUGGCCGUCCGUCCGUUCGUCCGUUCAUCCUUUUAAUCAUUAAUUCAUCCAACCAUCCAUUAAUAUACUCAUCUAUACCAUUAUAUCAUAUAUGAUUAACCAUGCAUUUAUGAACUGUGAUAGCGUACCAGCAUUGUACAGGUAUUUCUUAGAAAUAAAGUAUGUAUUUUUUUCAUUUCUACCUUCUAGAUGUUUUUACAAAUCGUCUAGCCUUUUUUAUAAGUUGUAUUAUUUUACAUAAAUAUGUUUUUAAAUAAAUAUGUUUGAAAAAACAA